CACUUCAACUCGAAACAUCGGUUCCUAUUAGCUAAACAUGUCCUCGCAUCUCACCAUGUCGUAAAGACAGUUUAUAUUCGUGUGUAAGAUAUUUGAAAAAAAAAUACGACGAUGUUUUUGAGAAAGCUUUACAUGUUGUAUUUUUUAAUAUUUAUUUUUCUGGGGUGUUCGUCAGUGAUAGCACAAGAGAACGAUGGAUCACUGGAGCUCAUGCUGCCUGAGGAUGCAGUUUCCGACAUGGAGAACAGCCCCAUGUUUGUGGAAUCAGAAGACAGAGAAACUCUGCCAAAGAGACAGUUUAAGACCGCUGAGAUUGCCGAUGCUGUGAUGGGCACCGACGCCCCCAUCGAUCCAUCUGACAUCGAGUCUCUCUUCCCAAAAAAUGUGAAAGACUUCCAGUCAGGCUUCUCUCCGCCCUGUGAUGAGAACAGUGACCAGUGCACUACAGCUGUCGCAGCUGAUAAAGAAGUUCCACUAGAAGAGUUGAGCUCUGAACAGUCACAGCAGGUCACUCUUGAAAUGGUGCACGUAGCCCCCGAGGAGCAAAACGCCACAGAAAUCACCAAGACGUACAAGGUGAACUGUGACAAGAGGAAAAUCACAGGACUGGACAGUUUUACUGUUCACGUCCUCAACGCUUCACAGGACCUGAUGGAGUUCCUGAAUGUGAAUAGCACAGAAUGCUCUGUGGUGCUGUUCUUUACCGCCUGGUGCCAGUUCUCUGCUGGCCUGGCGCCUCACUUCAACGCCCUGCCCCGAGUCUUCCCCAGCAUGCACUUCCUGGCACUUGAUGCCUCUCAACACAGCAGCCUCUCCACGAGGUUCGGGACCGUGGCUGUGCCCAACAUUCUUUUGUUCCAGGGAGCCAAACCCAUGGCUCGCUUCAACCACACGGACAGAACGCUGGAGACUCUCACCUCAUUCAUUGCCAACCAGACAGGGUUCGAAGCUGGACCUGACAGUAAUGUGACUGAGGCGGACCAAUUGGGCCCCCUCCCCAGUGUCCCAGUGAAGAGCAUCGACUGGCUGCUGGUCUUCUCCAUCCUCUUCAUCACAGGCUUCACUUUCUAUGCCAUUCUGCGGACAGACAGCAUCCGAUGGCUAAUACCAGGACAGGAGCACGAGCAUCAGGACUGAAAACAAACACACUGCAAAUGACUAGAUGUAAAUUAUUUUACCGAUUUGAUAAACUGUGUAGUUUAUUAUCAACAUGAACAGUUGCUAAUUUCCUUCUAAUGUAAGUGUUGUGUGUUAAUAAUGUAAGUAAUUAAAAAAAAUACAAUGAU